AUUUGUGACUUGGAAGUGCAUCUAUCCAAUCCCAGUCACACCAUGCCGCGCAAAGUGCCCAUCUCAAACAAACGCCGCAAGGAGCAGCUCCUCGUCAAGCGCGCUCUCAAAAGAGGCGACAUGACUGCAGAGGAGCACGACCAGCUUCGCUCGCAGCAAAAGCUCAAGACAGAGAAGAAACGCCCAGGCCAGGUCGCCGCUCGCUCCGAUGCACCUGUAGAUGCCAGCUCGAGAAAGCUACAGUCCAAGUUCAUUGCUUUGUCCUCGGACUAUGUGGUGAGGACUCGAGAGCUGGCCUAUGCGCUCCCUCUGCAACGACCAUUGCCAGCGUCAAGUGCCGAGUUUCCUCUUGGCGUGCUCGAGGACAGAGACCCUGAAAGACGUCUCACUUGUCCAGCAAGACCUAAAUUUAGGUAUGGCCAAACGAAGAAGGAAGUGGAGAAGAACGAGGAAGGUGUGUUCAAAAAGUGGCUGAAGGGGGUGGAGGAAGUUGUGCAAGAGUAUGUCGAUGGAGAAGAGGAACAAGUCGAAACAGAAGACGAGACUUUCAGUCUUCCUCGAGGGCCAACUUGGUUUGAGACCAACCUAGAUGUGUGGAGACAACUCUGGCGAGUCACUGAAUCGUCACAAGUACUGCUGCUUCUCAUGGACACUAGGUGUCCCCCUCUACACUGUCCGCCUUCUCUACGCACCCACCUCCAGUCUCUCAGUCCCAACAAGGAGAUCAUCUUGGUGUUGACCAAAUCUGAUCUGGUCGAUGCUAAAGCUUUGCAAGGGUGGAAGCAGUGGGUCAAGGGGUGGUGGGGACAGGAAGGCGUUCAGGUCGUCAGUGUGAGAUCGUACGAUAUUGAGCUCUUGCGAGAGGGCAAAGGGCGUCACAAGCCUGACAUUCCUCAACAGUCCCUCGACGAGCUCAUCUCGGCUCUUAGAGCCGCCCACGAGCGCCUUCUCCAGCCCCCAGCACGAAUCCGAGACGACCCCGAGAAGCUGAAAUCGUGGAAAGCUCCCACCCGCCCUACUGUCGACUGGGCUGCAUUGAUUGAAGAAAGCGAGGUCGUACUCUCUCUGAAAAAGGAAAAGAAGCAAGUCGCUGCCGAAGCUGCGCAAGAGGCGGAUGGGCCAGAGGCAGAAACGAGCGGAGAAGGGUACAGGAGGGACCCCGCUACAGAACCUUUUACGCUGGGCUUGAUAGGCCAGCCCAACGUUGGCAAGUCGUCUCUAUUGAACGCGUUGUUGGGUGAGCAAAAAGUCAGGGCAAGUAGGCAACCCGGAAAGACCAAGCACUUCCAGACUAUGUUCUGGGGCUCAAAGAAGGAAGUCAAGAUUGUCGAUUGCCCAGGUCUGGUUUGUCCUUCUUUGGCUGGGUUGGAGGUGCAAGCCUUAGCUGGUAUCAUUCCCAUCUCCCAGAUCCCCUCCCUCCCCUCCUGUCUCACCUUUGCCUCCUCACACCUCCCCAUUGAAACCAUCUUUAAGGUACCUCGCCCGGCUCCAGAGGACGAUUCCUUCCAGACAGAGGUCAAAAAGACGUAUAGGCAUGAGUGGCAGGCAGAGAGGGCAAGAAAGAGGGAUGAGGAGCGUAAGCAUAGAUGGAGCGUUGGCGGUGUGUUGGAAGAAAGGGCUAUUGAUAAAGGAUUCAUGACUGCCAAGGGCGGUAGACCGGAUAUUAAUCGCGCAGCCGACGGAAUGAUGCGAGCACUGGCAGAUGGCAAAGUCCGUUGGGGUUUCUACCCACCAAACACUUCUGGCAAGGAAGGUGCAGGUAUUUGGCUGGGUGAAGAUGUUGACGAAUCUGGGGCUGCUGACGUGCCGAGCGCGGAAGAGGAGACGGCGGAGGAAGACGAGGACGAGGAUGUGGAGGAUGGUGAAAACCAAUCUGACGAGGAAGAGCUUUCAGGGAGUGAAGAGGACGACAAGGUGCCGAUGAAGCAGGCCGGGGGAUUCUUUGCGGCUUUGGAGAUCAGCGAAGGCGAAGAGGACGAGAGUGAGGACGAGGAGUAGACCGGUGCUGAGCGCUACCAACAACGAUCAUGAUGCAGACAAUGGCAUG